UCUGAACCCUCGUGAGUACCACAAAGGCAACAAUGGCCGUCCUCGCCCGCUCCUCGUCGCCAUCCUCUCUCUCAAAGCUCCUCCUCCGUCCACAUUCCUUCUCGUCAUUACGCUCCUUUUCUUCCUCCGCCGCCGAUGACCAGCGCGUCCUCACCAUCGAGACGAGCGUCCCCUUCACAGGCCACCGGAUCGAUCCCCCCUCCCGCGCCGUCGACACCACCCCGGCCGAGAUCCUCUCCUUCUUCCGCGACAUGGCGGUCAUGCGUCGCAUGGAAAUCGCCGCCGACUCGCUGUAUAAGGCCAAGCUCAUCCGCGGCUUCUGCCACCUCUACGACGGCCAGGAGGCCGUCGCCGUCGGCAUGGAGGCCGCCAUAACCAAGCGCGAUGGAAUUAUCACCUCCUACCGCGAUCACUGCACUUUCCUCGGCCGCGGCGGCACCCUCCUCGAGGCCUUCGCCGAGCUCAUGGGCCGCCGCGAUGGCUGCGCCAAGGGCAAGGGCGGCUCCAUGCACUUCUACAGAAAGGAAGCCUCCUACUACGGCGGCCACGGCAUCGUCGGAGCCCAGAUCCCUCUGGGCUGCGGCGUGGCCUUCGCGCAGAAAUAUUCCAAGGAUGGCUCGGUGACCUUCGCCUUGUACGGCGAUGGGGCUGCCAACCAGGGGCAGCUUUUUGAGGCGCUUAACAUGGCCGCCUUGUUAGAUCUGCCGGCCAUCUUGGUUUGCGAGAACAAUCACUAUGGAAUGGGUACAGCCGAGUGGAGAGCCGCGAAAAGCCCAGCCUAUUACAAGCGUGGCGACUAUGUUCCUGGUCUUAAGGUUGAUGGAAUGGAUGUUCUUGCUGUGAAACAAGCAUGCAUUUUUGCUAAAGAAUAUGCUUUAGCUAAUGGACCCAUUAUUCUUGAAAUGGAUACUUACAGGUACCAUGGGCACUCCAUGUCAGAUCCUGGAAGCACAUACCGCACACGUGACGAGAUCAGUGGUGUAAGACAGGAACGAGAUCCCAUCGAGAGGGUUAGAAAGUUGAUAUUGUCUCACGAGCUAGCUUCUGCCUCUGAGCUGAAGGAUAUUGAGAAAGAAGUUAGAAAGGAAGUAGAUGAUGCAGUUGCUCAAGCAAAGGAAUGCCCUAUGCCUGAUCCAUCUGAGCUCUUUUCCAAUGUGUAUGUUAAAGGUUUUGGUGCUGAGACGUUUGGUCCAGACAGGAAGGAGGUGAGAUCUGUUCUUCCCUGAAUCAGAUUGCAGUAAGCACAGCAACUCCUUUCAAUUAGUGUUGUUUGGAAAUAAGAGGGAGCAACAAUAAAUCUUUGUCUUAACCAUUUGGAGUUGGCUAUAUAAAUAUUUGUUUUCUUC